AUGAUGAGAGCACUGCUUUGCUCCAAUUUAUGCAACUCUUUUCCUUCAAUUGCUCUGCUUCUUUCAAUUGCUAUGAUCUUUCUGCUCCAAUCACUGAUAAUUGGAAAGAGGGUACAGAUUGUUGUGCAUGGGAUGGGGUCACAUGUGAUAACACCACUUCUCAUGUCGUUGGCCUCGACCUCAGUUGUAAACUGCCUAUAUGGUACCAUCCAUCCAAACAGCAGCCUCUUUAAUCUUGUUCACCUUCAAUCCCUCGACCUUUCUUACAACAACUUCAAUCACUCUAAAAUUUUACCUUCAUUUGGCCGUUUCACAAAUUUGACCCAUCUAAACCUCUCUGGCUCCCAUCUUUCUGGCCCAAUACAAUCAUCAUCAGAAGAAGUCUGGCAAGGAAAUAACUUCUCCAAUAGCAUUUUCCACUUACAGAAAUUGCAAGACCUGUGGUUACGCGGUUUCACCGGAGAGCUACCUAAUUCCAUCGGCCAACUUGAGAACUUGGAGGAGCUAUACCUCAGUGACUGCAAUGUCUCUGGUACGAUUCCGAGAUCACUUACAAACCUCACGCGAUUAAUUUGGCUUGAUCUUUCAUACAACAAUUUUGAAGGCCCAAUUCCUCAACUUUUUUCCAAUUUCUCGCAACUUCAAGCUAUAUAUUUCUCAAACAAUCAACUAACAGAUCCCAUUCCCUCUUGCUUGUUUCAUCUUGUGAACCUUAUCUAUCUUGAUCUUUCGUCAAAUAAUUUAAGCAACACUGUUGAGCUGCACACGUUUGCAAAGCUUGAAUAUUUGGAUUUUUUGGAUCUUUCAAACAGUGGUCUAUCAUUGACCACCACCAACUCCACUCCCUCCUCUUUCCAAAACAUUGGGACAUUACGAUUGUCGUCUUGCAACAUAAGUAAAAUUCCUGAAUUUCUGAAAAUCCAAAGGGAAUUUUUGGAGGUGCUAGACCUUUUGAACAACCACCUAAAUGAAGAACUCAAUCCACUCUGCAAUCUUCAUUCUCUUAUAUAUCUUGAUCUGUCCAAUAACCAAUUCGGCGGAUUAAUUCCUACCUGUUUGGAGAACUUCAUUGGAAGAUUAACCAUGUUAAACUUGCAGAGUAACAAUUUCAGUGGGACCAUCCCUCAAACUUUUGGAUAUGGUUUCGACGGCAACUCAAGGGACGAAAAUGGUGGGGUCGCAAAAAGUUUUUGA